AUGCCUAAUGAUGCUAGGAGAGGAGCUAGAGGGGUUCGGCGUGCACAUGUUGAGCUUGAGGAGAGAGCUAUUGCACAGGCAGCCAUGGGUGAGGCCGAGCGAGAGGAUGAGAUACUUGCAGCCGCUGAGGCUCCUCUUCCACACUACCUUGCCACAGAUUCUGAGUACUCCGAUGAGGACGAUGACUACAGUCCUUCAGAGUUCGUCGUGCUCAUGAUGAUGAGGCGUGUGCUUGAGACCCAGCAGGUCAUUCUUGAUGGUAUGAGACAACAGCAGGAGGCUCAGAGGCAGCAGAUGCUUACCGGUCAGAUGUUCUCUUUUCUCUCUGGAUGCCUAGGACAGCUGUAUUGUCACACCGGGCUAGAGCCACCCCCACUUCCUACCACUCAGCAGAUCCAGCACGAACCCACAGCUCCUGCUCCUCCGGUUGUUGGUUUCGUGCAGACUCCCUUGGCCACUGACCCAGUCUCACCUCUUCUGCAGACUGGGAUGUUGUCCCUACCACAGACGACCGAGCCUCAGCUUACACAGUCACCGGCUUCUUCUCCCGAGCAGCCACGGCAGGGUGAGUUCACGAGUCCGAUGUCGACUCAGGUGUCUGCUCCGUUCUCUACAGCUCCACUUCUAUCAGAGGAGACACCGCCGCAGCCUUCUGAUCUCCCAGCGCCGAGGUCCAGUUCUCCUCUUCCGUCCUUUGUGACACCUCGGUCCGAGGGGCUUGACGAGCCGGAUGCCGCUCUUCGCACUGUCACUCAGCAGAUUCAGGCAGAGAUGGCUUCUGAGGUUGAGGGGACAGUUUCCUCUCCUUUGCCUGAGGGUGGCAUGCCCGCUUCCCCUCGUGUUGAUCCAGCUCUUCCCGAGAGUUCUCCCAGCAUUUCUGGCUUUAGCUCCGACGCCGAGGCCUCGGCAUACGUUGUUCAGCCCUCCGGAUCCGCCGCUUCUGCCUCGUCGCCUAAGGGGGAGUAG